AGGGCGGGGGUACGGCUCCAUUCGAGGCAGGUCUGUCUGGAAGAGCAGCCGGGUUCCUCCUUCCUUCCACUCACUCACUCACUCACUCACCCACUCGAGUGCGCCGCUUUUGUCUUGCUCUGACCCUCUCGCUCCUUGCAGUCAGGGGCCCGCCAUGCCAUUCUCAAACAGCCACAACCUCUUGAAGAAGAACUACUCCGCCGAGGAUGAGUACCCAGAUCUGAGCGCCCACAACAACCAUAUGGCUAAAGUGCUGACCUUGGAGCUGUACACCAAGUUGCGGGAUAGAGUGACUCCAAGCGGAUUUUGUGUGGACGAUGUGAUUCAGACUGGGGUGGACAACCCAGGUCACCCCUAUAUUAUGACAGUCGGAUGCGUAGCUGGUGACGAGGAGUGUUAUGAUGUGUUCCACGAACUAUUCGACCCCAUUAUUGAGGACCGACAUGGAGGCUACAAGCCUUGUGAUCAGCACAAGACGGACUUGAAUCCUGAUAACUUGCAGGGUGGUGACGAUCUGGACCCCAACUAUGUUCUAAGUUCCCGUGUCCGAACUGGUAGGAGCAUCCGUGGCUUCUGCCUCCCCCCUCAUUGUAGCAGAGGAGAGAGACGUGCUAUUGAAAAGCUUUCUGUGGAAGCUUUGGCUAGCCUGGAAGGGGACCUCAAUGGGAAGUACUAUGCGCUGAAAAACAUGACAGAUGCUGAGCAGCAGCAACUCAUUGAUGAUCACUUUUUGUUUGACAAGCCUGUCUCUCCUUUGCUCUUGGCCUCUGGAAUGGCACGGGACUGGCCCGAUGGCCGGGGCAUUUGGCAUAAUGACAACAAGACCUUCCUUGUCUGGGUGAACGAGGAAGACCACCUUAGAGUUAUUUCCAUGCAGAAAGGUGGGAAUAUGAGGGAAGUUUUCAACCGCUUCUGUACAGGACUAACACAGAUUGAAACACUCUUCAAAUCCAAAAACUAUGAAUUUAUGUGGAAUCCCCACCUUGGCUACGUCUUGACCUGCCCAUCCAACCUGGGCACAGGUCUCCGCGCAGGUGUCCAUAUUAAGCUGCCCAACCUUGGCAAGCAUGAGAAAUUUGGUGAAAUCCUCAAGAGGCUGAGGCUGCAGAAACGUGGCACAGGUGGUGUGGACACAGCUGCUGUGGGAGGAGUGUUUGAUGUCUCCAACGCCGACCGUCUUGGAUUCUCCGAGGUGGAGCUGGUACAGAUGGUGGUUGAUGGGGUGAAACUGCUGACCGAAAUGGAGAAAUGCCUUGAGAAGGGGCAGUCCAUUGACGACCUCAUGCCCGCUCAGAAAUGAAAAGCACUUUAACAUCCCAGCACCCCCCAUGCUUCUUCCUAACUUAUUGGAUGAAUAAUACAACAAAUGAGGAAAAAAACCCAUGAGCUGCUCCAAUCAAAACGUGGAGUCAACAGAGAAAUCCCCACUUAGUAACACUUGUAGAAAGUCUUCCAUCCAUAUGUGUUAGAGUUUAUUUUUUUGAUGGCUAAAAUGUCACAGAGAAACUGAAAUAAAACCAUUGUUUGGCCUGA